GUGAACAUGAUCGUCAGGACAUCACGCUGCAUGAUAUUUUUCUGGGAAAGCGUGGGCUCUACGCGUCUACCACCUUUGACUAACAUCCUGUGUCUCUGCUAUAUAAGACGGCUCUCGCCUGGUCUACUCAUUUCGACCGUCAGCCUCGCGGCGAUUUGUCUUCCAGCCACCGACAAGCACGAGUGACCUGACGCCGCGUCUGGGCACUACUACAGCGGUUUCUCGAAGAUGUCGUCCCAGAAGCUGUUCCCAAACGGAGAGGCAGCUCCGGACGUUUCUGUAGGCCGCCACGGAGGAAACCGGCGGAUCUACGGGAUCUCCAUGGCGCUGUCCGGGGUCGCGGUUGUGGUGAGUUUCGUCACCCUGGUGUUCAUGAUGCGGGAGAUAGCCUCCAUCCGGGAUCAACAAAUGGCGUUCCAGACAGAUCUGCGCGAAGAACUGCAAACCUACGUGAGGGACCAGGUGCUCCUGACGCUGUUCAAGCAAGACAAGGAGGCUGAGGACAAGACCGCGCCGAUCAGCCCCGAGGCCCCACCUGACGACGUGCGCUCAACUGAAGAUCACAGCGCCACAUUGGGGAAAAGUACGGAGGUGCACCGCAGAUCCAAGAGGGACACGUUGGACAAUGAGCUUGAAGAACUAGAACACGAAAAGCGGUUCUUAUUUCCCGGACCGCCCGGACCGCCCGGUCCAAAAGGACACAACGGGAACCCCGGGAGGAACGGGUCACCCGGACCACGAGGCCCGGCUGGUCUGCAGGGCCCGGUCGGCCCACCCGGAGACCCAGGGAGGAACGGGACAGACGGACAACAAGGCCUGCCCGGUCCGAAAGGCCCGCCUGGAGACCCAGGGGCAGACGGAGCGGACGGACUACAAGGCCCGCCCGGAGACCCAGGGACAGACGGGGCGGACGGACAACAAGGCCCGCCCGGUCCAAAGGGUCCGGUCGGUCCACCCGGACCUCCUGGACAGUGUAGCUGUCCAGACCCUCCAUAUGCAUCCACAGACUGUGCUGCAUAUAAAGCCGCCGGACGCACGACUAGUGGAGUCUACACACUUGGCUCACCCCUGUCCGGUGUAACGGUCUACUGUGACAUGGAUACAGCAGGAGGAGGCUGGACCGUGAUCCAACGGAGGUUCGACGGGUCGGUUCCCUUCAACCGGACCUGGGAGGAGUACAAGCACGGGUUUGGGAACAAGAACGGGGAAUACUGGCUUGGGAACGAGAACAUCCACCUCCUGACUACUCAGACGAACUACAAGCUCAGGAUUGACAUGCAGGGAUGGGAUGGACGAUGGUGCUACGCGGAAUACGACACAUUUAGGGUGUCCGGUGAGUCAGACGGGUACCGGCUGCAAAUUUCUGGGUACUCAGGCAACGCGGGAGACUCCAUGACUAGUGGCAGGGCUUCCAACAACGGGGAGAAGUUCUCCACUCUGGACAGGGACAACGACCCUGACCACCGCCCUGGCCGCCACUGUUCUCAACUGCGCUCAGGCGGAGGCUGGUGGUUCAAGGGUUGCGGCUUCUCCUCCCUCAACGGCCGCUACCUGGGCAACUGUGACAACUCCUGCCAAGGCACAAAAGGUCUGCUGUGGUUCCACUUUCAGCGCAAGUGGCGUUACUCGCUGAAGUCUGUGGCCAUGAAAAUCAGGCCAUUAAAAGUGCAUUGGCUCUACUAAAAUCUGACCACACCCAGUUAUCCACAAUCAUCUGCGGUCUGUAAUGCUGAUGAUAAGUAACGCUCUCUAUUGCAGGUUAUUAGGCGACACUGCCUUUAUUUUAUGGAUGACAUCCUAUGAAGACCCCCAA